UACUGGCUCCGAUUGCAUCCUUCCGCGCGCGCAGACGCAUGCACGUUGUUCUCCCCGAAAGAUUCCACCGCAGCAGCCUUUACGGCCAUAUACCUAUUCCACAGCCUCACUCUCGCCGGCCGCGAGUCGCUACCGUACCAGCGCGGGCGUUGACAAUGGCAGAGCAGCCGCAGCAGCAGCCGGAGAUGGCGGCGCAGCAGUGGGAGGGCGCGGCGGAGGCGCGUCUGCCGUCGACCGCGGCCGCCGCGGCGUGGCCGCACGUCGCGAGCUUCUGCGCGCUGCACCGGUACCUCCCUGGCAUCGACGUCUGCGAGCGCGUCGCCGGGGACGACGGCGUCCCGGGCUGCGUACGCUACGUCGCCUCCCGCCCGGCGCCGCCGCCUGCGGAGGAGGGGGACGGCCAGCAGGCAGCCGCCGGAGUCGAGACGUGGGCGAGGGAGGAGCUGCUCGAGAUGGACGGCGCCCGGCGCCGCCUCGUCUAUUCCGUCGUCGGCAGCAACUUGGGGUUCGGCCGCUACGUCGCCACCAUGACGGUCGUCGACGACGACGAGGGUGUCAACACGCCGGCGCCGGAGACGGUGCCGGCAGCUGCUGCUGGGUGCAAGCUCGUGUGGUCGUUCGAGUGCGAGCCCGUGCAGGGGUGGACCAGGGACGGCCUCCUCGGCUACCUCGAGACCUCCGUCAAGGGCAUGGCCGAGCGGAUCGAGGAGGCCGCCGCCACCGCCGCGGCUGCCAUUGCUGUACAAGACGCCCCCGCAGCUUGCAGCUAGAAUCAUUAAGUAAAAUUACUUCCUCGAUCGGAAUUUAAUAGAUUACCUUAUUUACUUUUAAACAUACGUUUGCACGUUU